CUUUCUUACUGUCACGUUGAGGCAGCUGUGGUGCCCAUCUGUUCUCAGUGAACGGAGGUACAGCCCACCUGGUUCGCUGUUUCACAUCUUCUCCGAAUCAAAGCCUGCCCCGCACAUGUGGCACAGUUCCAGCGCCGCGCUGACUUGGAUUUUCCCUCACCCGCCGACACAUUCCCACGUUGACUUUACCCACACGCGCUCCAAAAUGCUGCAGCACCAGGCGGACCAGAACGCUCAAAAGAAGCUGUUCCCACUGGUUCGUAACAAGUUGCGAAAGCGGUCCCGAUACACAGCGUGCUGGCCGCUCCUCGAGAAUCCGGAGAAGAUACCUCAGAUCCACCCUCAAGACCAAUCGCCAUUAUUCAACAAGCUUCGGCCUGAACUUCGACUUCUCGUCUACAGAGAACUCCUUGUGGAUCAAUCUGUGUUCACGCAUAUCAUUCAUCUCCAAAAGGGAACGGGACGCAUAGUGCAUCGACGAUGUUUCGAAAACGAUUCGCCCUAUCCAACAUGGCAACAUAAGUGCUAUCUUGACUGGCAGCCCUCAGGGUAUAGUCUACUUGCGAUACUGAAAACGUAUGCGGAAGCACUGCAUCUGCUCUAUGAAGAAAACACGUUUCAUUUUAAGGGCGCCUUGGGUCUCUUGAAAUGGGCUUCGGUUAUCCCCGAGCCCCAGUGGACUUGCCUGCGUCGCAUACACAUAACUUCGUUGUUUGAGGGGAUUACAAUUGACGUCGCACGGUGGAGACAAUACCCGUAUCCGCCACUGGGAAAGUACCCUUAUCCACCAGAUAUUCAGGACGACUGGAAGGCGUGCUGUGACCGCCUUCGAUCUCUCCCACAUCUUCGGCAUCUGCGCUUUGAUCUUAUCCUGCGCGGUGAAUUAUGGUGGCAAUUGACGCCUAGAGUCCAAGCAACAACGUUUAUUUCAGUGCUACGACCUCUUCAGUCAAUUUGCGCAGAUAAAAUUGAGGUUGAACUGAAUGUUGAAGUCCCUCAGAGCGUUUGGGACGUGCUUGGCAAUGUCAACUUUACGGUUAUCACCAGAUGGAGACCAUUUAACGAUCAAUAUGUAGUAUGAGCCAGAACAUGGAUGAAUCAUUGACUGCACUUCAACAAAGAGUUGCAUGAUUGGCUUCUACAGAGUCCAUUUUGGGCGAUCACAAAGACCAUAGUUUCAACGGUUGCUCGAGGGGAACGACAUUUCCACUUUUUGUCAACCAUAGCCGGAUAAUCGUUCCUCGUC